UUACUCAAAGUAUUCCAGGCCUGGAGAAUUAACUGAUUCAAAUGGAGUAGCCAGAGCUAUGGUUGUUGCUAUGGGAGAACCAGUACAGUAAGAAGGAACCUGGUGAGCAUCAAGUGAGCAUAAUGUGAGAUAAUGUGCAAAAAGUGAAGGUCUGUAGUAGCCCUGCACUGCACAGAGCUGUGAACACCAGCCCCGCGGGUGCCUGGAGGCCGGCUGGCACAUCCCUGAGCAUCCAGCAGAUCAACAGCUGAGCAGCACCUAAGCUGUGAUAAAAUUAAAAGAAAAAAGACUUUUUCUGGGCGCAGCUUUGCUUUCCCACUUCCAGCAGGUUUUGUGAAGGAACACUCUGCAGCCUUCCACAUGCAAAGUGCGGUUACAGUGUUAGGAGAGUAAAGCUGGCAAGUUCAUUGAAAUCAGCUGGAAAAAGAGCACCAAGAAAAGGGUCUUCGAACAGCGGCUUCUUUUGUUUGCAGCAGUCACCACCCCGAGACUCCAGCGGUAAGUGCUGCAUUAGCAAUGCCCUGCUGGCAGCCCGCAAAGCCGCGUGAAUCAAACCCCUCCUCCCCUGCCUGGUUGAGGUGCUGCCUGCGCUUAGCAACUUCCAUCAGGGCAUCGCGGCCAGUGCGUGCAAUCGCAGCCGGGAGGCUCCACGGGAGAGCCGUGCCUUUAACGAUGAGGGGAUGCACAUUUCUCCACUGCAACCUUUCGUAGUAGCUCCAGGGAGGCAAACCUCAGUGCAGAGGCUCCGUGUGUGAGAGCGGAGUUUUGCCCGUUGCACAGACUGUCACUGCAACUUCGAAAAGGACUCCCCUUUUUUUUGUGGUUGUUGUUUCUUGUUAUUCCUGGACUUUGUGACAGCGAAGAGCUUUUCUGCACGCUUGAACCAUGAGUGGCUGUUCAAAGAGAUGCAAGCAUGGGAUUGUCAAAUUUGCUCAGACUAUUUUCAAGCUCAUCACAGGCACUCUCAGCCAAGGUAAGUCUGGAUGGGGCUGCUUGAACUGUGCGCUUUGGGAAUGGAUGAGAGCAAAGUAAGCCUUCUUCCAGCUGUGCCAGCCUGGUAGCAAGAUAAAAUUGAAGAUGAAUUAGAAAUGACUACAGUGUGCCAUAGACCUGAAGGACUGGAACAGCUUGAAGCACAAACCAACUUCACUAAAAGAGAACUUCAAGUGCUUUACAGAGGAUUUAAAAAUGAAUGUCCUAGUGGGGUUGUUAAUGAAGAGGCAUUUAAACAGAUCUAUGCACAGUUUUUUCCUCAUGGAGAUGCUAGCAUGUAUGCACAUUAUCUCUUUAAUGCUUUUGACACUGCACAAAAUGGCUCAGUGAAGUUUGAGGAUUUUGUGAUGGCAUUGUCCAUUCUGUUACGGGGAACUGCUCAUGAAAAGCUAAGGUGGACAUUUAACCUGUACGACAUAAAUAAGGAUGGCUACAUAAACAAGGAGGAAAUGACAGAUAUUGUAAAGGCAAUUUAUGAUAUGAUGGGAAAGUACACCUACCCAGUGCUCAAGGAAGAUGCACCAAGGCAGCAUGUAGAAGUAUUCUUCCAGAAAAUGGAUAAAAACAAAGAUGGUGUUGUAACUUUAGAUGAGUUUAUUGAAUCGUGUCAGGAGGAUGACAAUAUCAUGCGGUCCUUACAGCUCUUCGAGAACGUGAUGUAACGCUGCCGGCUGAGCGCUGGAGGAGUCACAGACUUUCUGUGUAACAGAGAUCUCCCUUCGGGUGAAAGCUUUUUACAGUUGAGCCAUGUUCAGUGUGUGAGGAUUUUGUAUGACAUGUCCAACCAAAUGGGAACUGAAUGCAACCGAUCCCACCUCUUCUCCCCAGGAGACACCGGUGGACCUUUGUUUCAUUUUGGAAGCAUGUGAAUAUUUUAAUAAACCCUGACAAGAGAGAACUGCUGCUCGAAGUUCAAUGAGUAAUCCACAGUGUUGUUUGCUAGGCACAAGUCCUGCUUUUAAUCUAGCAAGCUUGAUCACCUAUGAUAGCACAUGCCAAUAGCUUACCCAGCAAUCUAUUGCAAGCGAAAAUCUCAGUCUAUACUACCAUAGGGCAAAUUGUUUUAUGGAUGCCUUGCCAUUAAUCUGCUUUGACAAAAGUAAAAUCUACUAAGGCAGUCUGUAGAAAAAAAAGAACAAUGUAUGUACCUAGGACAUUAAGCAGAGAGCCCAUGUGGCCAAUAUCCCCAUUUCUGCAGAGAUCCUGCUUCUCCUCUCACAUGCACUGGUGCCACAUGCCGUUCUGUGGAGAUUUUUCUGACCACAUUUAACCAGAGAAUCAUCGUCUUCAUCAGGGUGGGCCAGAAAAAAAUAAGCAUGUGUUGCACAUAUAAAUAUCAUACAGAACAAAUUCUGUUCAAUGAUGGGAAGUUCUUGCAAGACCAGGCAAGUUUAUAAGGGCUGGUACAGGGAGAUGAAUACCUGCACUGGUACCGGCCACCUUCUGCAGUCCAGCACGUAGUGGAACAAAAAGUGAUUCUCUAGAGUGCAUCUCAGCAGCGCCAUGGUUAUGUUCUAUGGUCCUUUUGGUGUAGUUUGGCACACACUUCCUAGGUUCAUCAUUUGAAUGUAUUUUUCCAUUGGAUGUUACAGUAUAGCAUGGCCUACUUUACAGAUUUAUAUAAGCUUUCCAGUUUUCUUAGUGCAGGAAGGGGCCCAGAUAAUUCAGCUGUGUUUCCACAUCAAGUGCCCUCUAAGUUUAAUUGGGAUCAACGUAAUUGCUGUUAGUCUCAGAAUCCACUGCCAGGCCCGUAUGUCCUGUUGGGUAGUUUAACAUCUUCUGUAGAAGAAUCUUUUAUCCUACAAGGCAAUUGCAUGAAUUGCACAGGUCCUUUUCACUUUCUAAUGCCAGAUAAGCGUUGGAUUGGGGAGCUGGGUUUUCUAAGUAGUAAACAGCAAGAAUCGUGGUUGAAUUUUGCCCAGUAGAUUAUUUGGCAGCUGAGGAACAUGUCAGAGCCUGCUUUGCAGAAGACUCUUAAAGCUGACACACCAGCAUGCUGCUGCUGUACCCAGAUUUAUGGCUCAGAAACCAAGGGAAGGAGGGGAACAGCCAACUUUUCCAGCUGCUCAAAAGCACAAAGGAGGGUCCCUGCAGUAGUGCUACAUCGCUCCCAUCCAGUAAGCAUAUAUUUUUAUUAUAUCAGAUACUAUAUUGCAAAUAUAUGAUUAGCAGUGAAGAUAUAUUUUAAAAAUUAUGGAAAUGGAAGCUUUUUAUAAUACAAAAUAUAGAGAAUGCCUCAUUUAGCCCUAUAUUUUAUAAAAAUGUAAUCUGUUGAAGUAUUCCUGAUCAUAGGAGUAGGUCUGAUCAGUACUAGUGUAAUGUUAGGCUGAUCCCCAGGAUAGGAUAUUUUCCCCUCUUACUGUGCUUCUCCAUACGCUUCUAUGUAGUCUUAACUUUUAGCUCUUUAAGAUGCCCACUUGUCAAAAGUGCUAUUCAGGUGUGUGAAGUUACAUGGACACAGGAAUGACACCCUGGCCUACCCUACUUUUUGCCUUUCACACAAAUAACUUUAAUUCUUCCCUAGCAAUGAUACAGAGCAGAGCAACUCCAGUAACAUGCAGAAUCCGUGCAAUGCUGUGAGAGCAGCUUUGCUCUUCAGUCGUCCUGUAAUGUCUAUGUAGUUUUUAUUCAGUAGGCACUUGACCAAGACAUCAGUUGUAGCUGAAGUAAUGCACAAUGUUCCUUCUUGGUUCUUCUUGCAAUCGCUUUAGCAGAUGGCAGAAUUUAAAACAAUGACUUUUACCCCCACACCUAAAGAGCAUCUGUAUGUUCGCAGCCUAAGCAGCUGACUUCAGGUGAGGGGAAGCGCUAA